UUGACCAAUCACUUGCGGUUAACAAAAAAAAGACAGACUGGCACGGUCAUAUCAUUUAUCGUUAUGUCUGCCGAGCACUUAGGAAGCAGCUGUUUUAACGCAAUGUGAUGUUCUUUAAGCGGUUUGGCUCAGCACUGGGACAACAUGACGGACGCCCGAGGUGCUCGCAGUCUGGACCAGUUGAAUAAAUUCGAGAGGCUGACAGGCAGGCCGCUGCACGGCGAGACGCUAGCAGGUCGUCGUACGCCCCCCGCCCGCAGUGGCCAUCGCUGCGUUGCAGACAACACCAACCUCUAUGUGUUUGGAGGCUACAACCCGGACUAUGACAAUCCACUGUUUAGGGAGCUUUGGAGGUACCACUUUGCCACUGGUCGCUGGCAGCAGAUUCAAACACAGGGCUUCAUGCCCAAGGAGCUGGCCUCCAUGUCAGCUGUUUUGCACGGCAACAAUCUCCUGGUGUUCGGCGGCACGGGCAUCCCCUUCGGCAAGAACAAUGGUAAUGACGUCCACGUGUGCAACGUCAAGUACAAGCGGUGGUCGCUGCUGAACUGCCGCGGGAAGAAGCCCAACAGAAUCUAUGGACAGGCGAUGGUCAUCAUAAAUGGCUUUCUCUACGUCUUUGGGGGGACGACGGGUUACAUAUACAGCACUGACCUGCACAGGCUGGACCUGAUGAGUAGGGAGUGGAGCCACCUCAAGCCCAACAACAGCCCUGAUGACCUCCCAGAGGAACGGUACAGACAUGAGAUAGCACAUGAUGGACAGAGGAUCUACAUCUUGGGAGGCGGGACUUCCUGGACAUCUUACCCUCUGGACAAGAUUCAUGCAUACAAUCUGGAGACCAACUCCUGGGAGGAGAUAGCAACCAAACCUCACGACAAAAUAGGGUUUCCUGCGCCGAGGAGAUGCCAUAGUUGUGUGCAAAUAAAAAACGACGUAUUUAUAUGCGGAGGCUACAACGGAGAGCUGAUAUUGUCUGACCUGUGGAAGAUCAACCUGCAGACGUUCCAGUGGAGCAGACUGCCCGCCAUUAUGCCCGAGCCCGCCUACUUCCACUGCGCUGCUGUUACGCCGACGGGCUGCAUGUACAUCCACGGCGGCGUGGUCAACAUCCACGAGAACACGAGGACCGAAUCGCUCUUCAAGAUCUGGCUGGAGGUACCCAGCCUGCUGGAGCUCUGCUGGGAGAAGCUCCACCGGUCCUUUCCCCAUCUGGCCGCCCUGCCCGCCCUGCAGCUGCUCAACCUGGGCCUCACGCAGGAACUCAUCGAGCGCUUGAAAUAAAAAGGACCACACCACCCCGACCCCUGCUCCGUGGACGCCCUUGAAGCCAAAAACUAUGGGAUGCCUUCUUAUUUUUUUUGGCUUUUCAUCGUGAUCACUUUGCCAAAUCGAAAGAGAGAGACUUCUAACUUCUAACUUUUUUUUUUUUUUUAAAACAACAAAAUAGGAAUAUUUUACCGACUGGGGCAUGUGUAUUUAUUAUUGAAAAGGACUCAUCCAGUUUGCAAACUCUUGUCUUAUCGCUUAUAUUUGUCAGUAAUUAGCUUUUAGAAUGGCAGACACGGACUACUACAAGUACUUCUUUACUUUAACUGACAGAUGAUGACAACACAGCAGAAUGUUGCUCCCUCACAGGUAAAUUAUUAUUUGUGCAUAAAGAGAAGGCAGCAUUUCUUUAAAAAAAAAAAAAAAUCAAAAAAACAAUCACUGUGAAUUUGGUGCUCUUUACAGCUCAUUUUUAAAUGUUUAGUAGCCUGUAGCACACACACAAACUGCAGUGCCUUUAAUGAAUAAUAAUAAUAAGUAGUUUCUUCAAUGGGGUUGCAGCAAAAGUAAGAAUAGGCCACUUCUACUCUCUUCUACUAUCAAAGAUGUUUUAAAAAAGGUUUCGCUUCCAAUAAAAUGCUUGAAAUGACAACAGUGCAAUGUGCUAAUGAUAUUUUUGUGUGCCUGCAUGGAUUUACUUUUGCCGCUUUUAGUUUUAUUUCUGCCAAAAAAAACAUUUUUUUAAACCGCUGAGAAACGACGUACAUGUGUGACUAUUGUGUUGAGACUCAAUAAAUAAAGUGUUGGGUGUUCACCUCA